AUGGAAGGAGGAUCUUAUAAGGACUGCGUAGGAUUUGCGUUGGCCAAAUUUGUGAUUGAUGGAAAGAAAAUAUGUUUACCGGCACCAGAUUCAAUAUAUCCUUACAAAAAGAGACUCAAAUUCCUCAAACUUGAACUGGCACAUUUAUUGGUCGAUGAUAUCUUCAUUGAGCUAACGGAUAGUAAGCUGGGACAAGGCGCAGUUGGGUUCGUUUUCAAAGGAUACGUAUUUCCGAGAACUCAAACACGCUUCAAACAAAAAGUUUUUGCUGCCGUCAAAAUGAGCUAUCCGAUGCCACAGAAAUCAAUUGGUCUGCUAGAAGAAGCUUAUCGUAUGUCGAAACUAGAUCACCCGAAUAUUGUCAAACUAAUUGCUGUUAGCAAACUAUCUUUUCAAGCAUUUCGACCGAUGAUCGCAAUGGAAUGGCUACCCGGUGGAUCGUUAGCCGAAUAUUUCAGGGAACAUAUCCGAAAGCAAGGAGAUGAUGCGCCACCGGUUUAUGUACGAGAUAUUGUGAAUGUCUUGAGUCAGGUUGGCGAAGCGUUGAAAUAUUUACACGAAACACGAGAUGCAUCCGGUAAUGAAGCGAGUCACGGUGAUGUUGCAGCUAGAAACGUUCUGCUUACUUCUGCCAACUUGCAAUGCAAAGCAAAAUUAGGUGAUUUCGGCCUUCCAAUCGAUUUUGGACCACGUCUUCCAAUUCCAUGGCUUCCACCUGAAAUUGUCAGUUGUUUGGAUCGAACCCGAAUUCAUCAUCGACCCGAGAGUGACGUUUGGAUGUUCGGUGUAUUGGGAUGGGAGUGUGCGACGUUGGGUGCUGAGCCACACUAUCAAAGGACGGUAGAUGAAAUACAACAGUGUUUUACAUGGCCGGACAGAGGAUUGCAUUGUCCACCUGCUUGCCCACUUGAUUUCUGGAAUUUUCUAAUGGACUGUAUGUCAGAACAGCAUCGACGACCUCGUUUCGCAGGACCAACGAAUACAGUGUCAUCAGCGAUCUAUCGUCUUCAAAUAUUGAAACUAAUGUACGAACGAAACAAUCACACAUUCGAGGUCUACUACAACACAUCGAAUUGUACUUGUCACCAACACCGAUGCAACGUUCCCUUACCGUCAUUUAGUGGACGAUGA